AGGUUAAUAACGCCGCGAGUGCGCGGGCACGGUGGCGGCGCGCACGUGGCUCCGCUCCAAACGCGCGUCUCGGAUCCCAGCGCAGGAGCCCGAGGAGAAGAGCGCAGAUCGGUCACAAGUUGCCACGGCAGCGUCGCCCGCUUCGGAUCUUCCUUCAUACGCAGCGGGAGGAGGAGGAGGAGGAGGAGGGAGGAGGAGGGGGGGGGAACGCGAACGAACAAACAAACAAACAAAGCAAACGGAUCCAGAUCUCUCAUUCGCGCUUUGAUUUUUUUUCUUCGGGGGGGUUCUUGCUUUGAGUCGCUGGGACGGAGUCUCCUUAACCAUCCCCGAUCCGCCGCCGCCGAUUUGCUGGAGACCCGGGGAGGCAUCGCCGCGCGACCUGCACCGGCUGUUGGGGAGACAUGACAGCCGAGAAGAGCAUCCCGAUCAUCAACGGCAAGGCGGAGGACGCGGCGGACGCGGCGGACGCGGAGGCUUCGAGCACGAGCCUCGUGCGCAGCAAUGACCGCAAGGUGAACGAGCGCGGUCACUGGAACAACAAGGUGGAGUUCGUGCUGUCCGUGGCCGGGGAGAUCAUCGGGCUCGGCAACGUGUGGCGCUUCCCCUACCUGUGCUACAAGAACGGAGGGGGUGCGUUUCUGGUGCCCUACGUGAUAUUCUUCGUCUGCUGUGGCAUCCCGGUGUUCUUCCUGGAGACGGCACUGGGCCAGUUCACCAGCGAAGGGGGCAUCACGUGCUGGAGGAAAGUUUGUCCGCUCUUUGAGGGUAUUGGAUAUGCUACACAGGUGAUUGAAGCACAUUUAAAUGUGUAUUAUAUUAUAAUUUUGGCUUGGGCCAUAUUUUACCUGUUCAACUGCUUCACGUCCACACUCCCCUGGGCCUCCUGCGGUCACGAGUGGAACACAGCGAAUUGUGAGGAAUUUCAGAGGGUGAACGGGACCAACGUGACCAACCCCAAUGCAACAUCCCCAGUCAUAGAGUUUUGGGAGCGGCGUGUGCUGAGCAUCUCGAGCGGCAUAGAGCACAUCGGGAGCCUGCGCUGGGAGCUGGCGCUGUGCCUGCUGCUCGCCUGGUUCAUCUGCUACUUCUGUAUAUGGAAAGGGCCGAAAUCCACAGGAAAGGUGGUGUACGUCACCGCCACCUUCCCCUACGUGAUGCUGCUCAUCUUGCUCAUUCGGGGGAUCACCCUGCCCGGCGCCUCGGAGGGCAUCAAGUUCUACCUGUACCCCGACAUGUCCCGGCUGUCCGAUCCGCAGGUGUGGGUGGACGCUGGGACGCAGAUCUUCUUCUCAUACGCCAUCUGUCUGGGCUGCCUCACCGCCCUGGGGAGCUACAACAGCUACAACAACAACUGCUACAGAGACUGCAUCAUGCUCUGCUGUCUGAACAGCGGCACCAGUUUUGUCGCUGGUUUCGCCAUUUUCUCCGUGCUGGGAUUCAUGGCGUACGAGCAAAAUGUGCCGAUCGAAGUCGUGGCAGAGUCAGGACCUGGUUUGGCCUUCAUUGCAUACCCGAAAGCAGUGACCAUGAUGCCUUUGCCUCCCUUGUGGGCUUGUCUCUUUUUCAUGAUGCUCAUCUUUCUGGGCUUAGACAGUCAGUUUGUCUGCGUAGAAAGCCUGGUGACGGCCAUAGUGGACAUGUACCCUCAGAUCUUCAGGCGAGGCUACAGAAGAGAACUGCUUAUCCUCGGCAUGUCAGUGGUCUCCUAUCUACUCGGCCUCAUUAUGCUUACGGAGGGGGGCAUGUAUGUGUUCCAGCUGAUGGACUCGUACGCCGCCAGCGGGAUGUGUCUGCUCUUCGUGGCCAUCUUCGAGUCCAUCUGCAUCGGCUGGGUGUACGGCAGUGACAAGUUCUACCGGAACAUCGAGGACAUGAUCGGUUACAAACCCGUCUUCUUCAUCAAGUGGUGCUGGAUGAUCCUGACCCCGGGCAUCUGCGCUGGGAUCUUCCUGUUCUUCCUGAUAAAGUACAAACCGCUCAAAUACAACAACGUGUACACGUACCCCGACUGGGGCUAUGGCAUCGGCUGGAUGAUGGCGCUCUCCUCCAUGGUGUGUAUUCCCCUCUGGAUGGUCGUCAAAAUAUGGAAGACAGAAGGGACCUUCAAAGAGAGGAUCAAGAAGCUGACCACUCCGAGCGCCGACCUCAGGAUGAGAGGCAAGCUGGGCGGGAGCUCGAGUCCCUACGCCGUAAAUGACUGUGACGCCAAACUGAAAGGCGACGGCAACAUUUCCACCAUCACGGAAAAGGAGACGCAUUUCUGAGCGGCGACGAGAGGAAGCCCGUGGGGGGGUGGGCACGUCACCCACGACCGCGGUGGGAGCGCCGAGGAGGAGGGAGCCGACUCUGCGGAGCGUUUUCGUUCUGUAAAAAAAACACAAGAGAGAGGAGAAUCACUUAAUCCUAGAGGCUUUUUUGAAAUUUUGCACAAACUUCAUUAACAGGUUCGUCUUAGAGGGUUGCGUUAUGUAAUGAAGCAAAAAAAAAAAAAUUCACUCCUUAAUGUUAAAUGAAGAUAUAAGCUGUUGAGAUGCUGUAGUCUGUAGUCACCUGUGUCACACUAGUGGGUGUUUGCUGUUAGAGGGUCGCCAGUGAAUUACGUGCUGUCACACUUUUGUACUCGGACUUGUUUUGGCAAAGUGGUGCGUAGGCAUGUUUCUAAUGUCCAGGUGCACUCGGAUCAUGUACGCCUUGCGUGUCGAGUGAAACGCGUAGCCCCUCCCCGCCUCGGUCUGUGGCCUCGGACGCCGCGGCGGCCCCCCGCUGCACUUCCCGCUAAGGUGCGACUCGCAGGGCGAGUCCUCGACACACUUCUCCCGAGCCCUUCUGCUUUCCUAAGGCCUCUGCACUUGUGUUCUUUCGCACAGAUUAAACCGAGUUUAACGACCGCGACAGACCUGGUGGUGGGUGGUGGGUGGUGGGGGAUGGGGGGCACGUUUAAACCCCCUCAGUCGGCCGUCAGCUACUCACAAUGCAGCUGCAUGACCGGGAGGGUAGGGAUGGGGGUGGUGCUGAGUGGGGUCAGCGGGGGUCCCCGGGCUCCCCAUCGAAGGGUACUGGUGGUUGGUCAAGUCCCAGAAGUCGAGUCGAACCUGCAGCCGUUCCCCGUGUCGGUGUCAUGCUGCCGGUGCUGCUAUACAGCCGUGAACCCGUGGACUCUGUGACGCAUGCAUGCUCCUUCCGUGUGGCCCGUCCCAUCAUGCAUCACUACUCGUGCUAGUAGACAUGCACACCUAACGAUUAACAUUCUUUUUUUUGAUAGAUGUAUAUUUUCCAGUCUUAUUAGUCUUUGUGUAAUAUUUCUUGAAACGAAAAAAAAACAGCGUAUCCGCGUUUCUGUGAAGACUUUUGAUAUGUCCUACAACAAUUUGUCCCUUUCGAGUGUUAGCAGUAUAAUGAAAAUGUUGUAAGUACUGUUUUACACUGAUUUUGGUAUUCACAGGGCACAAGAUUUUAUUGUGUGUUUACUCAUUUUUGAAAAUAAAUAUUAAAA